UGUAAUGUAUUUUAAGUAAAUAAUUAGUACGUGUCCCGAUGUGUAAUGAGCCAGGGUCCUUACUAGUACACUAACUAGUGUUCACGAAAGUUCCAGGGAGCGUAGGGAUGAAGACUGCCUCCUGUCCGACAGAUGGCAGUGUGGUAAUGCAUUUUUUAGUCUGUGGUAGUGAAGAAGAGAAGGGAGUCAUGUCGUGAUAAACAUAACUUUCCAGAUGCGUAAAUGUAAUCUUUAUAUUUAAUACACAUGUUUCUAGUUUAUAUGUGUGAUAACAAGUGAAGAGUGCAGGACUAUAUGUUAAGUCAGAUGUUAUUUAUGCCUAGCGCGAUUUACAGCUAAAACAACUGUCGUGUUUUACAGAAUAUGAGCAGACGUAUCGAUUAAAUACAGUCACGUGCGCUUAAAAUGGACGCGGUUCAUCCAGAAAAGAUCAAGAAGAAGAAAAGAAAAAGAGAGGCGCAAGAUUUUGUUGAAAGUUCAAAUGUGCAGAACGAGUCUGAAAAGAAAAAACAUAAGAAGAACAAGAAGAAAAUGGACGUGGAGAUUUUAAGUGACCAUACACAUACAGAGAAAAAGAAGAAAAGGAAACUGAAUGAAAGACAGUUUGAUAAUGAUACUGAAGAGGCGACAUUGCUGGAUGAUGGACUCCUACAUGAAGUAAAUGACACCAAAUCACCAUCAAAAGAAGUAGAGAGGAAGAAAAAGAGAAAGAAAGAGAAGAGAAAACAUUCAGACUGUGAUGACUCGGCAAAAGACCCUCAUGAAGAGCAGUCUGGUACCACCACGGAGAUGGAGAACGUGUCAAAUGUAGAUGACCAGCAAACUGCCCAAGACCUCACAGAUCCUGCCACUCAAACUCAUACUCAAACCUUUCAAUUUACAAGGAGAAAUGGGAAACGUAAUAAUAUAGAAAUUGAUUUAAAACUUGUAAAUGAAAUGAAAGAAUUUGUUCCUGACAUCGAGUCCAGAUAUAUGAUAAAUGUCCAAAAAACGAUCAUAUAUGACUUGCCAAGGUUCAGGGAAUUCAAAAAGCAAGGUAUCCCACUGAGACAUGGACGAUUCUCCAUUGAGGAAAAUAAGAGGUUAAGACGGAACAUUUUGGAUUUUCUUGCUCUCACAGGAGUGGACAGUGCUACCAAGCUCUUUCACGUGCGAAGGUUUCCAGAUGAAAAAAGGCAAUUGGGAAAGUUGAAAAAGCAGCACAGUUUUUUCAAAAAGAUUGCGGAAGGAAUUCCCAGGUCUUGUUAUGAGGUUUUUGUCCGUGGAAGAAAAACUUUUGAUGGUUACAAUUAUAAAGGAAGGUUUGCCGACGAUGAAGUCAAAGCAUUGCAGAAAUAUCAAACACUACAUGGCAAUGACUGGGUGAAGAUUUCUGAACUAACUGGUCGAAGCGCUUUGUCUCUUGAAAAGCGUUACUCUCAAAUCAAUAAGAAAUUUGGGCGAUGGUCAGAAAAGGAGUUUCAGAGACUUUUGAGGGCCGUGCGAGACUAUAUCGUAACUAAACUUGAGUCCAUGUCCACUGAUAAGAGGACGCCAACCAGAGUCAGUCGAGAAAUGCUCUACAAGAAACUGCCGUGGUUUGAAAUCGCUCGCAAGGUUAAAACUCGAAGCUGGAUGAAGUGCAGUUAUAAAUGGAUGCGCACUCUUGCGGUGCGGAUGUCAUCUGGGAGUGUGUGCCAGGGAAGGAAAUCCCACGAGGCCAAAAUCAGACUCAUUCAAGCAAUGUAUGAAAGCCAGGUAGAUGAUCCUGUAGACAUUGACUGGGAAGAUCUCACCAGUGCUUUUGGCGAUGUUCCUCCUGCAAUUGUUCAGAUGAAAUGGCAUCAGCUCAAAGUGUGCUACGUGCCAAAUUGGCAGAACAAGAGUUUUGAAGACAUUGUUGACUACCUGCAUGAGAAGGUCAAACCAAAACUGGAGAAUGAAUGUAAGGAUCUUAAUGAGAAUGACCUGCCAGCUGACCAGAAGCAGAGCUUCCUUCUCUCAGACAUCUUUCCGGAUAUAAAUGAGAAUUGUGACGCUGACAGCGAUGACAACGACGAUGAUGAUAACGACGAUGACGACGACAAUGAUAGCGACGACGACUACGCCAAUGAUGAUUACGCCAAUGACGACAGUUACGACGAUAAUGAAGAGGAGGAGGAGAGUGGACAAUGAUAGAAAAAGCGC